AUGAAGUCCCCGCUGGACACCAACGCCCUCCCACCUGAUCUUGCUGCUCGCUUUGCUGCUCUGCGCGCCCCGUCGUCUCCUCCCAAGCCCUCGUCCUCAUCGCUUCCCGGCCCCACAUCACCAGAACGGCAGUCAGAGACUGUGGAGGACCGGCUGAGGCGGCUGGAGACGCCGACGAAAGAGGAGGUUGAGCGAGGAGUCCAGGUUGCGGUCAAGGGAAUGCCGGUGCGGCGGCUGAGCAGGAGGUUGAGUGGCCUGACUGAGGCGGGCGAUGACGAGGCCGACGAAGCAGUUCAGCGCUUCCUUGCAGAAGCACAAGCAGCGCCCUCCUCACCUCCCCUCCCUUCUCCUCCCUCGCUCGACCCUUCCUCCCCUUCCUCGCCAAAGGCUCGAGCAGGCCGCACUGUCCCCGCUCUGAGUCCGUCGCUCCUCGACACCCUCUCCGGCGUCGAAGUUCAGUUCUUCCGACCCUCGCUCGGCGCUUCGACUGGCGACGUCGCGCCGUCUUCGUUUGGAGUCGGUGGGGAAGAGGAAGAUCUGAUGUGGAGACUGAGGGACGGGCUUAGUAUUGAGGAGAAGACGAGGAAGCGGGACGAGGACGGAACGAAGGAAUGGGAGAAGCGGAUGGAGGGCUUGAAGGGUGUCGCUGCGGGUCCGGCUCGGUCAGCGGGUCCAGUAGGAGACGCACUGGGAGUGCCUCCAGAUCUGGGUGAGCUGGAGAAGGCGGUCAAGCGGAAACAGAGGAAGGCGCGGCGAAGGGCGGACGACUCGAGCGAGGAGUCGGACGACACGUCGAGCGAGGCGUCGUCUGACAGUGCGGACAGCGUCGAAAGCGAGGUGUAG